UGUGAAUACAAUAAAUGUAAAUUGAACUUGCUUUGUCUCGAAGGAGGACGUGCCCAAAGUUUUGGAGAUGCCGAGAUCCUGGGUCGGCUACAUUUCCAUCUCCAGAGAAGCCCUGAAGAACCGCUGGCCAGGAGGAAAGAAGGUGAUCCGCUACAAACAAGCCCAGCUGGAGAGGUUUGCAACGUCCAAAAGGUUAUACGGCGUCGUCACACGACUGAGCAAAUACAAAGACCGAGACUGCACUGAGGUCGCCACGGUGAAGGAGUGGUAUCAAGACAGGAGCGACUUCCUGGAGGAGAAGGAGGUGGACAAUAUCAAUAAGGUCACCACAGAACGCUUCGGACACGGAAGAAAACGUCACCUGCUGUGUGAGCCUGCUUUCUGCAGCCAUCAGAGGCGCUGCGUAGAAACAUUUUCAUGUUAGAUUUUAAUCCAGUGCAGCCGAAGGCACCUAAAAUACAUCUGACGAACACCAGCAGCUG